AUGUUUAUUCUCAUUGCUGUUGUCAGUUUUGGUGUGACUAAAAAUAAACAAAGAUACAACAAACAACACAAAAAAACAGAGAACUUUUGUUAUACACUCACACAAAAAUUAAUAAGUCUUUUGUGUUGUAUUAAAGAAAUACCAUUCCUUUGCAGAUGUUCAAAAGAAGCUGUUUUGGACAUAUUCCACAACAUACAAAAUACUUGUAACAAUGUAAACAAAGAAGAGAAAAACGCACCAUGUCCCCAUAAAUCAACUCAACAACAAAGAACUUCUAAAAAAGAGAAGAGAUGUACCUCACAACUGAAACACAAAAUUCCAAAAGAAAAAAACAAGAAAAAAGAGAUAUCGACCACCGACGAAAAAACCGACUCGGAUACGUCUAAAGGUAACGAAAGUGAAAAUGCAAAGCCAACACAACAAAAUACCGACACAACAAAUAAAGCACAAACUGCUGACGUUUUCGAUUCGAUACGAAACGGUUUCACACCAGACGAUAUCAUUGGUAUCGAGUGGGGAGAGUACUCAAUUCGAGUCGCAACAAAAACAAACUAUUACUACACAGCUCACUUUUUUCCCAAUUUUGGAGAUAAGGGACUUCAAAACCGGAUCACUCUUGAAAAGUCGAAGGUAUAUCCUUUCAUGAGUCCAUCGGCAAAGCGAGAUUUGGGGUAUUCCACAAUCAAUGGAGAUAUCAAGUCAUACGACUUUAAAGAAUAUGGCGUUAUCUCUUCGCAGUGUGUUAUCGCAAUCAUGUUACAAAAAAUAAAGAAUGAAACAAAUGCGAAGGUCGCGAUCAUAUCUUUGAAGCCACGUUUACUCGAACAGUUGAGUGGCACGUUAAUACGCGCUGGAAAAGAUAUUGGGUUGGUGGUGUUUUGUGUGUAUAACUUCGUUGGGCCGAUGGAAGAAUUGUUGUUCGAGUAUGACUGCCCCGUUGCAGUGAAUUAUGCAUUAUUAGAUGUGGGCUUUUAUACCACAACACUCACUUUUGUAUCUCAAAACAAAAAUCAAUCACGCGCAUCUCAUUCUUUCAUUUUGCAAUAUGGAAUGAGAAACGUCGACCAAAAUGUCUCAGAUCUCAUCAGAAAGAAGGUUGGGCAGAACGAGAGCGAAAAAGAGGUUGAAAGAUUGACGAAGCGUGUGAACAGUUCGUUUUGUUCCGAGGCGAAUGAAUGCGAAUUGGAAGCCCAAAAUUUCGGAAUUUUGAAAAUCACAAAAGACGAAUACUUUUUGUGCCUUCAGGAUGAAAGCGGGAGAAUGCAUUCGUUCAUCGACUUUUGUCUGAAAACAGCCAAUAUGAAAAAAGAAAACUUCGAGUCUUGUGUUGUGACGGGAUUUGGGUUCAGACCAAAACCAAUUUUGGAGCAGAUCGAAAGGGUUUUCAAGAUUGAUUACAAAUUUUCAGAUAACAUUGGCGCUGUUGGUAGCGCGUUGUAUAUUUCUUUGGCGAUAGAUCCGUUGUGGAGAAAGAGAGCAAUCGAGAACAAUAAAAUUAAAAAUAUAAAAAGCGGAGAUGAUUUUAAGAUUGAGAAUGACGGAACAAAGGUGAUUGAAGAAGACGGAAAAAUGGUGAAGAUUAUCAAUGAAUUAGUGGUAAAGGAGGAAAGUUGCAAUAAAGAAGAGGGAAUGAACUACGCCGAGUUUAUGAAGAUCUACAAUGAGAAUUCAGACCGCUAUAUGAAAUUCUCGUUUGAGACAUCAAACAUUAACAUGUUACUGUUAAAGAAAUACAAAAAGGACAAGGUGACCUUAAAAAUACGGACUGAGGAGCUUGACAACAUUCCACUGGGAGACUUGGAGAAGCAGGUGCAAUUUAUAACAAAAUACGAAUUGAAAUCUAAUUAA